CGGCAUGUGUGUGUGUAUGCGGAGUCGUAUUAUUGAAGCGCGAACGCAGCGGCAUCUGCGCCCCGCGCUUGUAUAAUAACGUGAACGCGACUAGCAUCUUUGAAUGCCGUCAGCUCAUAUGUCUGAAUAUUGUGUUAUUGUAAAUUGUGCUAAUUGAACAUGGCCGCCUUUAUUAACGAUCCAGUGUAUUUUUUCAUAGUGUUCAAGCGAUUUAAUAAACACGCGAACGCACAGUGAAACGAGAUAGUGUAACUUUUAAUUGCUGACUCAACGCAUGCUACUCUAAACGCUAGGUUGACGGGUGCAUGAUGCACAUUGUAACCGUGUGUGUGUAUUGUUCACAAAUAGUCUGUGCGAAAGGGGUUCAACGAAAUGGUCUUUAUAGUAUUGGCAAUUCGUCUCCAGUAUUAUGGUGUAUAAGAAAAUUAGCAGCAAAUUAAAUAACUUAAAAUUAUACUAUGGAUCCUAUCUUAGAAAAUGAAUCAGCGUCUGCUGAAUCACCAGCUAGACAUGGAAAAUCUAAACAGAAACACAAAAAGAAAAAAACACAUUCUGAAACACAAAAAGAAAGUCAAACUGUAGUGGGUGAACGAAAAAAAUUUGUUGUCACUAAGCUUUCAGCUACAGAUGAUCAAGUACCAAGCACUAGCCGAUUACCUGAAAGUAAUGUCCACACUGUUCAUUUUGGUACCCGAGGCGCUGAAUCACAACGACCUCAUGUAAGAUCAAUAUUUAAAGACAAAGCUGCAGAAACCUCCAGACCUUCUAGUGCUGAAAGAGAUACGAGCGGAAAAAAAGAAUACGAAACCUUUCACGGUACAUCAACUAGUCCAAGAAGUUCAAUUUUCGAUAUUUUUCGAAUUAGAAGAAAAAGUGAUUCAAAAAAGCAUCAAACUCUAAUGCAAAAUAUUAAAGCACCUAAACCAGCAGAAUCUCCUGAAACCACAAAAGAUGAAAAUAAUGCCGCAGAGUCCAAAGAGUCUCAUAAAAAAUACUAUUAUACAGUUACGGGUGUGUCGUCACGAAAAUAUAGUCCUAUUACAAGAGUUAUGGACAUAUUUCGAAGUAAACCCUCCACAAGUGAUCAGCCUCCUGUUGAAUCAACUAAAAAGAAAGCAACAAAGCAAAUACGACGAUCCUCUUUAGAUACCACGUCACCAACUUAUCAUAAAAAUUCGUAUGCUUCUUUAGAUCCAAUACAAGCAAAACAAUUAUUCAGAGAAAUUCGUGGACUUCCCAAAUACGACCCAUAUUUGUCUAUAGUUCAAAUAUCAAUAGGAGGUAGAGACAAAACUAGGUUGUUGUUAAAUUUUUUUAAGUACCACCGAUGUUAUGAAAUACUGCCAAAAUCGGCAAAAGUUAUUAUAUUUGAUACUCAGUUUUUAGUAAGAAAAACAUUUCCAACUCUCGUCUCCCACGGUAUAAGAUCGGCACCUUUAUGGGAUGCGAAUAAAAAACUACUCGUAGGUAUGAUAACAGUAACCGAUUUUAUCAGAAUUUUAUUACAUCUUGAUAAGGAAAAAAUAUCUAUGGAUGAGUUGGAAACUCACACGCUACACACUUGGAGGAAGCUUUUACGUGCUACACGGAAGCCUUUAUGUAGCAUUGGCCCAGACCAAUCCUUACAUGAAGCUAUAAAUUUACUUAUAAAACAUCGAGUACAUCGUCUGCUAAUGAUUGAUCCUACUUCUGGAGAUGUAUUAUACAUUUUAUCUCACAAGAGGAUAUUACGAUUUCUUUUUGUGUAUCUAAAUGAAUUUCCCGAGUUAACGUUUUUCCAUAAGAAAAUUAUGGAUUUAAAUAUUGGAACUUAUGAUGAAAUAAUUUCAGUGUCAGACACUACAUCUGUAAAAGAUGCUUUUCAGCUUUUAUUAGAUAAUAAUGUAUCUGCUCUACCAGUGCUAGAUGAAAACGGUAUUCUUGUAGAUGUAUACGCUAAAUAUGAAGUUUUGAAUCUAGUUAGUGAAAAAUUGUAUUCUAACUUGUCAUUACCCCUGGGCGAAGUGCGCACGAAGAAAAAGGAUUGGGAAGAGAAAUUACAAAAAUGUCUCUCCAGUAUUACGUUAUAUGAGGCCUUAGAAGUUAUUGUAAGGACUGAAAGUCAUCGACUGUUGUUGGUAAAUAAGGAUGGUAAACUUGUAGGUAUUGUUUCAUUAUCGGAUAUUUUGGUAUAUUUAAAUAGAAUAAUACCAUCCGAAAAGAAAGUUUCCUCACUUCAAGAAAUUUUUAAGCCUCUAGAGGAAAACAAAUUGCCAGAGGUUGCAAAGGAAUGUGAUAGUGAAGUAAUAUCAAUACAAGUACCAAAUUUAGAAAUUAAUAAUGUACCUGAGGCACCAGAGGCCGAAAUAAAUCCCGUCAAUACGGAUAUUGAUAAAAUUGAUUCUGCUGGUGCAGAAGAAUUAAAAAUCAAAAUAGAGACUGAAGCAGACGAUACUAGUCCAAAUAUUGAAUUAAAACCUGUUUCCGAUAUAGAUUGUAAUGUAGAUGAAAUUCCCAAAUCUCAGGCAAAUACUGUCGAAAACGAUGAAGAAAACUAGCAAAUUACUCAUACCCAAAGAUAAUAUAUUUAUUGUUAUCAUAAUAUAGAUGUCGCAACAAUUAAAUAUCAAGUCGCGCUUUUUGCUUGUGUCGAAAAAUUAAAGUAGCUAAUUGUAUUUGCAUUACCGAGCAAAGGCCUUAUUUAACAUUAAAAUUAUUUUAAAUAUAUUAUUGCUGAAACUCAAUAAAAUAUUUUAGCAUU